AGAUCACUAUCACUCUUCAACGAUCAACUGAUCUUCAGUAUUUCAGUCAAUGCCUGUGCCUUUACAGUUAUACGUUUCAAGUUAAUGAUAGUGUUAUUUUUAUAGGUAUCUACUGUAAAUGUGCUUAGUACAUAUUAGAAUUAUAAGUGUAUAUUGAAGAUAAUAGUAUAUUAUACUCGACGACAUCAGUAUGUUACUGCAAUCAAUGAAACGUCUGUUUAAAUCUAAACAAUCACGUGCCUACACAAAAAAUGCACUCGAAGAAUGCCUAAGACUAAUCAAACUGAAUUUAUAUGGACAUUAGGAAUGAGAAUAUGACGUGCUCAUACAAGAAUGUGGGGAAACGCCUUUGAUGUAGAAAUAGAAAUAACGGUGUACUAAAAAUCUUUUUAAUGGGGCUAUCAUAUUUUUUAUACAUUCGGUGAUAAAUUGACAUGGAACUGAAUUCAAUGUUGUCAAACAAAGGACUAGAUUUAAGAUUUGUGGAUAUAACGUACAAAGUUAACAAUUGGACUGAUACAUUUAAAAUAGAAAAGAAAACUAUUUUAAAAGGUGUGAGUGGUGCGUUUUAUCAAGGUCAACUAUGUGCAAUUAUUGGAUGUUCGGGAUCUGGAAAAUCAUCGUUAUUAAAUGUAAUAUCUGGUUAUAAGACAAGUGGAUAUAGUGGAAUGAUAUUUAUCAAUGACAAACCUCAAGAAUUGGAAUCGUUUCAUAAACAAUCAUGUUACAUUAUGCAAGAAGACCAACUUCAUAAGCAAUUAACGGUCAGAGAAGCUAUAGAAUUUGCAUCAAAGUUGAAAUGUUUAACUUUAUCAUUAAACACAAGCAAGCUUAAAAUGAUAGAUUUGAUUUUAGAAAAUUUGAAUCUGCUUAAAAUUCAACAUACGGCUACAUUGAAUUUAUCUGGUGGUGAACGUAGAAAACUAUCCAUUGCAUUAGAACUGGUCCAUAAUCCAAGCAUCAUGUUUUUUGAUGAACCAACCAGCGGAUUAGAUAGUUUAUCAGCAAAUCAAGUAUUAGCCACAUUAAGAGAACUAGCCAACACAGGUCGUAACAUAAUUUGUACAAUACACCAAGCUUCUGCUUCACAAUUAAAGAUAUUUGACAUUCUUUAUGUACUUACUCCAUCUGGUCAAUGUAUUUAUCAUGGUUUGACAUCAAAUCUUUUAGAUUACCUGGCUGUCCAAGGUUUGCGAUGUCCAUUGUAUCACAAUACUGCAGACUACAUUAUUGAAAUAAGUCUUGGAGAGUACGGAGAUCAAGCUGAAAAAUUGGUAAAAUAUAUCGAUAAUGGAAAGUCUACAGAAUGGUUAAAGAUUACUUGUCAAAAACAUUUAGUUAAAGAGGAUCAGUUGAUAGAUGUUAACAUCAAUGAUGAAUAUAAAAAUACACAAUUUACCAACCAUUUAAUUCAACUUGUUAUUUUAUCGCACAGGUCUACAGUUAAGACAUUAAGAGAAAAAUUCAUCACUACAAGAUUGAUGGUUCAUAUUAUUGUUAGCGCUGUAUAUGGUUGGGUAUACUUCGGUGUUGGUAUCAAUGCAUCAUUUAUACAUGAUAAUCUAAUGUUGUUGUUCUUUAGUUUACUGUUUAUUAUGUAUACCGCUAGUUCUUCAAUGAUAAUCAACUUUCCCUUAGAAAUUCCAAUACUUUCAAAAGAGCAUUUCAACCAGUGGUAUUCCUUGUCGUCAUAUUAUCUGAGUUUCACUAUAGUAGACCUACCAAUACAGGUUCUGUGUACAUUUUUGUACUGUGUAGUAUUGUACUAUUUCACUGGACAGCCACUCGAAUGGCCAAGAUUUGGAUUGUAUACGCUCAUGAUGUUAAUGGUGGGACUGUUAUCACAGACCAUAGGCAUGUUAAUGGGAAUAUUGUUCAACGAUUUGAGAUUCAGCACGAUUCUUACAAGCUUCCUCCUCAUGCCAUGGAUGAUGUUUGGAGGAAUUUUCAUUAAAAUAUCUGAUACACCAGAAAUUUUUCGAUGGCUAUUUGACAUUUCUUUUAUGAAACAUGCCAUGGAAGGAAUAGUGCAUUGUGUUUACGGUUUGGAUCGACCCAGGUUAUAUUGCCCCAAAAUUUACUGUUACAGUUCUUCGCCGUCAAAUAUAUUAAAAGAUUUGGAUAUGCCAGUUAACAAGUAUUGGUUUAAUUUCUUUGCUGUUACUGCCAUUUACUUGUUAUUGAAGGUGUUUACAUAUUUAGUGUUGAAAAAAAAGUUAAAAAUUCACUGAUGGGCCUCCAUGUUUAGUUUUAUGUUUUAUAAGUCAUCAUACUAUGCGGAUACAUUAGUAUAUCUUUUUAUUGAACCAUUCGCAUUGAUAUUCUUACCAAUGAUUCUUUCUGUUUGUCUUGUUACCCUGAUUAACUUUGCCAAAGAUAAAACAUUAAAGUGAUACUAAAUAAUUAUUAUUAUAUUAAUAAAUUAAAAAUAAAGUCAAUUGUUUAAUUUAAGUUUUUAAAUCACAAACUAAUGUAAUAAUUAAUGAGACUGGUGAUUGCUGUGUGACUAUUAUCACUGUUUAAUUUAUUAUUAUUGUUUACCCUUAUGUUAUUCACAUACUUUGUUUUAUUUAUUGUUUUAAAAAAUAUGUUGCAUUUUUAAUUUAUUAUUUAUGAAGCAGAAUGUUUACUCUAGUCUACAACAUAUUUACUUUAUACGAUUUAUUAUGGACAUGAAUACUAUAGUUUUAUAUAUUUCAUUUGACUUUUGAUAUAUUUAAACACAUUUUAUGUGUCUUUUGGUCAUAGACUAAGCCACUAAGGUCAUUCCAAUUAUAUUAAAUAUAUUUCAAAAUCUUGAAGUAUCUAAAAUGUUAAAUUAAUUUCAUUUUUAUAACAAUGUAAGCUUUAUUGUCAAACAAUUUAAUCAUCACAAAAAUUAUUGUAAGACAUGUUCUAUAGAAUUUAUUUUUAUAUUAAUAAAUAUUAAAUAAUAUUA